AUGACAGCUUGGUUGGCCGGCGAUCAGCCAAGCUGCUUGGACAGGACGGGGACUGAUGCAAUGGAUUUCAGCGUCGCGUGGACGCUCGCGAUGUUAUCUGCAAACCUUAUGAAUAAUCAGGGGCAGAUUCGCGGCAGCACGCGAGGCAGCAUGUUCGUUGAUCCUUCACUCUCAUCGACCCAUCUUGUUCCAAGAAGCACAUGUACGGAAGUCGCACCUCGCUUGUGGAUCUCUCCUCCGAUAGCCAUCGACAGUCGUGAAACCUGCGAUCAUUGCAAAAAGGGAGGCUAUGGUGGCCAUGGUAGCUACUGCUUGUCGGCGGAGCCGAGCUGCCUGUGGUUGGUCCCCAGCUUUGAGGAGGGCUGUCUUCUGGAAGUUGGUCUUGUUGAAAUCCCUCGUCGGUGCUCCCAUGCACGCCGUCAUGCCCACAGCCCAGAGGCCCAGAGCAUGACCGUUUGCAGCAGAGAGUCUGCCAAGAUUUCCCAGUGGUAA